UUUUCCCCUCACGUAUUGCUCUUCUUUUUCACUCUGUUUUUUACAUUCUUUCAAAGUUUUUCUUCACUAGCCCCUCACAACUAUUGAUACUAAAUUUGAGAUGAGCGGUGUAUUUUCGCCCUUCUUUCAUCAUAUUUUCUUCCGCUCAACCCAAGCAAAACAUCUCCAUCUUUCCUGCUAUUAUUCUUGUUGCUAUUUCUACUUUUUUGGGGGUCCUCUCUUCUCUCCAGAGAUUUAUUUACUUCCUACCAAAUAAGUGUUAAUUAUUUUCAGUCGCCUUAUCUUCAGACACUCGCAGGCCUUUUUGAAAGUGUCCUCUGCUUCUUUCUAUCAAUUAUUUUUCUCUCUCUUUUUUGCAUAAUUUACCCCCCUUUCUAACCAUGAUCGUGACAAAAAGUUACUUUCUCCAAGGGCCGCCUGUCCGUCCCCGCGACUGUAGUUGAAUGUACCUUGUUGACAUUGAACGACAAAUGGCCCAAUUCCGUGCAGAUUCGAGAUGCGUGUGUUUCCGUCCAAGAGCUGAUUGUCCACCUCUGUCCUUAGCAAAAGAAUGUGGACUUUCGGGACGGUCUCGCCUUCGGUAGUUCUCCGUGCCUUACUCCGGUUUCGUCCCAGCGACCCAAAAUCAGUGAACUCCCCAAGAAAGCUUCACCAACCUUGAAUUGGGAUGAAGAUGGCAUUUUCACCCCGCUUGGCUCGCUUCUGGCGGCUGUUUCAAAACAUUCCUCCUGGAGAAAAACCUAGGACUAACCGAUCCGUUCCUUCCAGCCAGAAGCGAUGAGCUUCCAUCAUCCGGUGACAUCCGUAUUUUCAGGAAUCGUUCAGAGGCGUGUUGAUCCAAGCCACGUGCGGAUGACCUGUAACCAGGCUGCCAUUUUCAAAACGAUACCUGUCCGUCAACAUCUCAAUUUGUGUUUUACGGAGAAAUGACAGUGGGAACACUUGCGAUGGGACAAAUAAGAGUCCCAAUGAAACUCAUUAUCUGUGAAUCCCAAUGAAAUGCGUUUACUUCCGACCAAAUUGUGUCACGGAACCUUAGAACUCUUUAGGCCUUCUCUAUGUGCUUUUUAAAGGGAGCGUAUGAUUGUCAUAUCCGACUUCAGUGAUACUUGAAAGCCAACCGCGUGCCUUUUGGGCCUACAACGAGUGAAUGCUAUGCCAAGGAAAAGGAGAAUCCCUUUGGUGCUGAUUUGGGUGAGUUUGCUUCCUUUCACCCAGAGAACCCCUUGGCAUGGUUUGCUCAUUGAUCCAAGAUGAACUAGUUCCUGGAGAUGCUCCGGGAGAAGAUUUAAAUGCCUUUGGUGGCCUUUGCCAUUAGCAAGUGGACCUUCUAAUUGAAAAUGUGCUGAAAAAGCGACGUGUGCCUUGAGUGCCUGGAACCGUCUACCCAACCAACAGGUCUGCCUUCUUGUUUUGGGAAGACCUGCCUUUGGUCCUUUAUGGGUCAGCAGCCUGGAAAGGUUCUUGGGGACCAACGAAGGCCGAGUCUGCCGGCCCUGCCCUUCAUCAAAGGAGCAGGGAAGAAGGAGGCGUCCAAGCAUGGAGGCCAUCCCUGCAACGUCUUCCUGGAACAUGAAGCCCUUCAGAGGCCGGUUGUCUCUGAAUUUGAGCCCCAAGGCUUGAGCGAAGCUGCCCGCUGGAACUCCAAGGAAAACCUUCUCUCCGGCCCCAGUGAAAAUGACCCCAACCUUUUUGUGGCCCUGUAUGAUUUCGUAGCAAGUGGGGACAACACUCUCAGCAUCACUAAAGGUGAGAAGCUCCGUGUCUUGGGCUAUAAUCACAAUGGCGAGUGGUGUGAAGCCCAGACAAAGAACGGCCAGGGGUGGGUCCCCAGCAACUACAUCACCCCCGUGAACAGCUUGGAGAAGCACUCCUGGUACCACGGUCCCGUCUCCCGGAAUGCUGCGGAGUACUUGCUCAGCAGCGGCAUCAACGGCAGCUUCUUGGUGCGGGAGAGCGAGAGCAGCCCUGGGCAGCGGUCCAUUUCACUGCGAUACGAGGGGAGGGUUUACCACUACAGGAUCAACACCGCCUCGGAUGGGAAGCUUUACGUCUCUUCCGAAAGCCGCUUCAACACCUUGGCGGAGCUGGUCCAUCACCACUCGACGGUGGCAGACGGGCUGAUCACCACUCUGCACUACCCGGCUCCGAAGCGGAACAAGCCCACCAUCUAUGGCGUGUCCCCGAACUACGACAAGUGGGAGACGGAGCGGACGGACAUCACCAUGAAGCACAAACUGGGAGGGGGACAGUAUGGGGAGGUGUACGAAGGAGUCUGGAAGAAGUACAACCUCACGGUGGCUGUGAAAACCUUAAAGGAGGACACAAUGGAAGUGGAAGAGUUCUUGAAAGAGGCGGCAGUCAUGAAGGAGAUCAAGCACCCGAACUUGGUGCAAUUACUGGGUGUGUGUACGCGGGAGCCUCCGUUUUAUAUCAUCACUGAGUUCAUGACCUACGGGAACUUGUUGGACUACCUCCGGGACUGCAACCGGCAGGAGGUGAAUGCCGUCGUCCUGCUGUACAUGGCAACCCAGAUCUCCUCAGCCAUGGAGUACCUGGAGAAGAAGAAUUUCAUCCACAGGGACCUUGCUGCCCGGAAUUGCCUCGUUGGGGAGAACCAUCUGGUGAAGGUGGCCGAUUUUGGACUGAGCCGGCUGAUGACGGGCGAUACCUACACGGCGCACGCCGGGGCCAAGUUCCCCAUCAAGUGGACCGCGCCAGAAAGCCUCGCUUACAACAAGUUCUCCAUUAAGUCUGAUGUCUGGGCCUUUGGCGUCCUGCUUUGGGAAAUUGCCACCUACGGGAUGUCCCCUUACCCUGGGAUCGACCUCUCGCAGGUCUACGAACUCCUGGAGAAAGACUACCGCAUGGAACGCCCGGAAGGCUGUCCAGAGAAGGUCUACCAACUGAUGAGAGCAUGCUGGCAGUGGAGCCCCUCGGACAGGCCUUCCUUCGCCGAAAUCCACCAAGCUUUUGAGACCAUGUUCCAGGAAUCCAGCAUCUCUGAAGAGGUGGAGAAAGAGCUGGGCAAGAAAGGGAUGAGGAGCGUAGUCAAUACCUUCCUGCAGGCUCCCGAACUGCCGACCAAGACACGGACGUCCAGGAGAGCGGCCGAGUCCAAAGAGGCCAACGAGGGCUUGGAGGCAGCGGCCACGAAAGGUCUCGGGGAGUGUGAGCCCGUGGAGCACGAUCCGGCCGUUUCCCCCUUGCUGCCCCGGAAGGAGCGUGUGGCUGCGGACGGGGGUUUGAACGAAGACGACCGCUUGCUCCCCAAAGACAAGAAGACCAACCUUUUCAGUGCCCUGAUCAAGAAGAAGAAGAAGAUGGCCCCAACGCCGCCCAAGCGCAGCAGCUCCUUCCGAGAAGUGGACAGCCACCUGGAGAGGAAGGGGAGGGCCGAGGACGACGGCAAGGAGGGCAGCAACGGCGCUUUGUUGGCGCACCCCGCGGAGGCCGAGGACCGAUCCCGGUUCCAGAGCAACGAGAGUGGAGUGGCCAAUGGGAUGGUGGCGGGGAACUCAGGGUUGCUCUCGCCUCACCUCUGGAAGAAAUCCGUUCCCGCUCCUGGGAGUCGACUGGCGGCUGGGGAAGAAGAGAGCAACGUGAACUCUUCCUCCUCUUCCUCCAGUAAGCGCUUCCUGCGUUCGUGUUCGGCUUCCUGCGUCCCCCAUGGAGCCAAGGACACUGAGUGGAAGUCAGUGACACUGCCCCGCAACCUGCAGUCCGUGGGCCGGCAGUUUGAUUCCUCAACCUUCGGCGGACACAAAAGCGAGAAGCCCGCCCUGCCCCGAAAGCGGGCCAACGAAGCAAAGCCCGACCCGGUGGUUUCCGCCAGAGGGACAGUCACUCCUCCGCCCCGACUGCUCAAGAAAAGCGACGAGGCACCACCCGAGGAUGCCGAGUCCAGCCCCGGCUCCAGCCCUCCCACCUUGACCCCCAAACUCAGCCGGAGGCAGCCACUCGCCCCUCCCAUUGCCCCUCCGUCCCAGAAGGAGGAAUCGGUGAAGCCUGUUGUGGCAUCAGAGCAGCCUCCGGCCACCAAAGCUGGGAUAUUCCUGGGGAUCGGCAAGGCCGAAGAGCCACGAUUGCGGAAGAUGAAGCAGCUGCCUGAGAAGGAGAAGGGGAAACUGUCCAAAUUGAAGCCGGCGCCUCCCCCUCCGCUCUCCGCGGCCGCUUCGUCCGUUGCCAAAACGAGCAAAGCGGGGCUCAGCGACGUCACCGAGGGGUCCUUGGCCAAAGCGAAGCCGUCCCUCCAAUCUGCAGACUCAGUGGAAGGGAUGAAAAAGCCCAUCCCCAAAAUCUCGCCUUCCUCCAAGCCCCUCCUGAUGACCACUGCCCCUUCUUCUUCUUCCUCCUCCUCCUCUCCCUUUUCCGCCCCGGUUGCCCCAAGCUCGGACUCGGCAGCCUCCACGGCCUUCAUCCCCCUCAUUUCCACCCGCGUCUCCCUGCGGAAAACCCGCCAGCCUCCGGAGAAGAUCGCCAGCGGCGCCGUCAGCAAGGACACCGUCCUGGAGAGCGCGGAGGCCCUGCGGACGGCCAUCAGCAGGAACUCGGAGCAGAUGGCCAGCCACAGCGCGGUGCUGGAGGCCGGCAAGAACCUCUACACCUUCUGCGCCAGCUUCGUGGACUGCAUCCAGCAGAUGCGCAACAAGUUUGCCUUCCGGGAGGCCAUCAACAAGCUGGAGAACAACCUCCGGGAGCUGCAGAUCUGCCCCGCCACGGCCGGAGGGGGCGGCCCCGCGGCCACGCCGGACUUCAGCAAGCUGCUCGGGUCUGUGAAGGAAAUCAGCGACAUUGUGCAGAGGUAGCAGAAGCCGCCGGAGGCCUGGACGUGGCGCAGGAGCGGCCGCCUUAACGUUUGUGGUGCCUGAGACUCAACAAGGAAAUUGCACACGGGUGCAGCUUCAAGGAAGGAUAUUCCGGGGUGUUCUCCCAUGCGGAAAUGUGCGGGAACUGUGCCUGAGAAGCCCCGGUCCCUUCCUUCCGCCUUGUAUGCCCAAGAUGGCUGCCUUUCCUUGGCGUGGAUGUGGCCAGAGACUCCUUGAGGGAGGAGGUUUCCCCCUCUCCUUCCUUCCUCUCUCUUCUUAUCUUUGGAGAGUGUUCGCCUCUGAGGGACUUCGCAAGCCUUCCAACAUCUUCUUCUUAAUAUUCAAUUCCUUUACGCCGGACGCUGGCUCUGCCUGGUCAGCUUCCUCUUGUUCCUCUCCCCCAACCCUCAAUUAUGUAUUCUUAGGGCAGUAGCCCUACCACGUUUUGUCCAUCACUAUUCUCUCUGCUGUCAACAAACACACAACAGUCUUGCAUUUGGAACUGGCCUGGUGGUGAUGGGGCAUUUUGACAACACAAACAGGACUUGGACCAUUGUCCUGUCCCCAAUGUCUGACUUGUCCCAGAGCUGAAACAUUCCUCUUCUCCCUAAAUUAUUUUAGUGAUUGGAUAGGCAACCAGAUCAUUGCUUAAAGCAGAAAUUACCAAAGGGUGUCAUAUGCAAAGAUUGUGAAAAAGGGGCUGGAAAGUAGAAGGACUUGCUUACCGCCUCUCUGUGUGAGUUCUCUUCCUCCUCCCAGACCCUCCUUCCUUCCUCCUCCUCUGCAAAUGGAUUAGCUUCCAUUCCCUUUGCGUGGCCCUUGUGCCUUGUCUCCAUUUUGAAACCAGUUAGGAACCUUGUCUCCAUGUCUGGCCAUUGUGGGAAGCCAUUGAUCUGAUCCCCGGCAGCUAAAAGCCUCGGACCCAUUUUCUUUCUUCACUCACACAGAGCCUUGAAUGGGGUUUGAAGGAUGUGGCCUUUCUUCGUGGAGUCUGUGAAAUUUGCACAUAUGGGUUAUCUUCUGCGCAUGCGCAGUCGUUCUUGCGUAUGUGCAGAAGAUAACCCAUAUGUGCAAAUUUCACAGACUAGCACUUGAGGAACACAGUUACAGGUAAGCGACUCGUUCUUCGAGUGGAAUCUGUGAAAUUGCAUAUACGGGCUACCUUCUGCGCAUGCGCACGGAGGGCUGCACAUGUGCAGAAGAUAGCCCAUAUGUGCGAAUUUCAUAGACUUACCACUCAAAGAACACGGUUACAAGUUAGCAACUUGUUAUUCUUCGUGGAAUCUGAAAUUACACAUAUGGGCAUGCGCAGAAGAUAACCCGUAUGUGCAAAUUUCACAGACUAGCACUUGAGGAACACAGUUACAGGUAAGCAACUCCUUCUUCUUUGUGGAGUCUGAAAUAGCACAUACGGGCUAUACUUCUGUGCAUGCGCACGAAGGGCUGCGCAUGUGCAGAAGAUAACCCAUAUGUGCAGAUUUCACAGACUAGGACUCGAAGAACACAGUUACGCUACUUGUUAUUCUUUGUGGAGUCCGUAAAAUCACACACAUGGGCUGUCUUCUCCGCAUGCACAGCUGUGUGUGCACAUGCGCAGAAGAUAACCCAUAUGUGCAGAUUUCACAGAUUAGCACUCGAAGAACACAGUUACAGGUAAAACAUUCGUUCUCCUUUGUGGAGUCCGUAAAAUUACACAUAUGGGCUGUCUUAUGCGCAUGCACAGUCAUAUGUGCAGAAGAUAACCCAUAUGUGCGAAUUUCACAGACUAGCACUCAAAGAACACAGUUACAGGUAAGCAACUCGUUCUUCAUCAUGAAGUCUGUGAAAUCGUACAUAUGAGCUGUCUUCUGCGCAUGCACAGUUGUUGAUGCGCAUGUACAGAAGAUAACCCAUAUGUGUGAAUUUCACAGACUAGCACUCAAAGAACACAGUAAGCAACUCAUUAUUAUCCUAGGUCAUAUGUACAUCUCCUUCCAUGAACCUCACCUGAAAAAUAACUUAAUGGGAGACUCUCACACCUUUUGACAGCCCCCCAAAAAUGUAAAAACACAACCACAGGUUGCCUUUGGAAACACACAGGUUUUGCCAAAACCACCCCAAAACGCAGCUCACAAAGCCCCUUUCCUCUUGGAUAUCUCCGUUUUCCGAGGGUAGUCACAUUUUGUGGACCAUCUUUAUUGUCGCCACUAUUGUAUACAUUUAUAUCUCCAUGUUACACACCGCUUUUUGUAGAAUUGCCCCCCUUUUUUUCCAUUGUGUAGAUAGAUGCCUCUGCUUUCCCUUCUGUAAUAUCUGCCGGGCUUGGCCUUUGCCCCCCUCCCCAAUAUAUGGCUCUCCGGACCCUUCCUUUCUUUCUCUGGCUUUUUCCUUUCUCUGACUGUUGUGUUUGUUUUUUAAAGCGAAAUAAUUCCAGAUUUUUCUUCCUUAGUAUUUUUUAAAAUAAAUGGAUGCGCAAGAA